AUGAACGCGACCGGAGACGUGCGUACGUCAGGCGAACAGGUCGCUAUGGCUAAUCAGACAUCGAAAGACGGCGAGAAGGCGAUGAUUGCCACGGAUCUCGAACGAUUGCCAUCAGAGAAAGAAGGCGAAGUCAUCGACAUUCAGGAAGCGGACUAUUCGCCAGUCGAAUACAAGAAGAUCUUGAGAAAGAUCGACAGGUUUCUGCUCCCUCUGAUGUGGUUCUGCUAUGGCAUACAACAGACCGACAAGACGUCACUUGGUACCCAAGCAAUCUUUGGCCUCCGUGAGGACACUGGACUAGUUGGGCAACAAUAUUCGUGGCUGACUACUGUGUUCUACUUGACUUAUUUGGUUGGCGAGUUUCCAUCCAACUUCCUCUUGCAACGAUGGUCACUCGGGCGUUCGCUCUCAAUAUACGCGUAUGUGUGACAUGCAUUGGAGCAGCACAGAAUUGGACUCAUCUAAUGGUACUGCGUGCACUACAAGGUUUCUUCGAGUGCACGAUUUCACCUGGCUUUGUCUUGGUCAUCGGCAGCUGGUACACCAGAGACGAGCAUUCCUCCCGUUCGCUGUUCUUCCAAUCGGCCAAUGCAGGUUUCGGUAUCAUUUCGAACCUCUCAAUGUACGGGAUUGGCUCUCACGCUGAGAAGUACGGCGGCCUCGCCCCGUGGAGAUGCAUAUCACUUUUCCUUGGUUCAUGCACGGUGGUGUUGUCAGUCAUUUGCUUUCUGAUGCUGGGAAGUCCGAAAGAAGUCAAAUGGCUAAGCAACGAGGAACGAAAGAUUGCGCAAGCGCGAAUCGUGUCGAAUAAAGCCGGCAGAGAUGUGACUGGAGUGCAAUGGUCAUGGCCACAAGUCGCAGAAGCCUUCAAAGAUCCUCAGCUGUGGUUCAGUAUGAUCAACGCAUUCCUCUCCUCUGUACCGAACGGAGGAUUGACCACCUUUGGAAACAUUGUGCUGAAUAGCUUCGGUUUUACUGAGCUGCAGGUAUUGCUUGUGGAGAUUCCACGCUCAGUGAUCUCCGUGGUCAUUUUCCUCAUCGUCGGCAUAUACACACGCAAGGUGCCAGAGCGACGCAUGUACAUCAUGGCAGCUUCUUGUGUGCCACCUUUUGUCGGUCUGCUCGCAAUGUCCCUACUGCCAAAUACUCCUCAAUAUCAAUGGACAAAAUGGGGCAUGUACGUUAUCACAGUCCCCUACGUCCUCGCCCUCUUCCUCGGCUGGACACUCAUCCCAUCCAACGUCGCCGGCCGCACCAAAAAGACCAUCAUAUCCUCAGCAACAUUCGUUGGCUACUGUGUUGGGAACAUGGCCGGCAGCCAGAUCUUCAAAAGCAAAGACGAACCUCGAUACGUACCGGGCACAAUCGGAGCUUGUGCUUGCCUGGGGUUAGAAUUCGUGCUCAUUUGCACCUGGCGACUGUACUAUGUCUGGCAAAAUCGCAAGCGUGAUAAGGCAGCCGUAGUGAGUGGCAUUAGUAAAGAAGAGCAGGAGAGAAUGGGUAGAGAGAUGGGUGAACAGAACAUGACUGAUUUGCAGAAUCCUCACUUCCGGUAUACGACAUAA